UGCUUUCUAGAACUGCUGCUGUAGCAGAAGCGUCCUCGCUUCCUCGUCUACAUAUUCGUAUAUUUCCGUCAACGCUCGGAAAAAGACGGAAGUCAGAAAAUCGCGUCCGUUUUUUUCCUUGAGAAGAAGAAGCACGGCUGUGUGGAUAGUUGUCACACGAUUGAAGGGAUAUGGAGUUACAUUUUUAAUGGCCUGAGCUGGAUUUGAGUUCACUAAAUCGGACUGUCAGUCUUACGUUGUGGUGAGAAAAGGUCGGCUUCACUUUCACUGCUCUCUGUGUAGCUAAUGGCUAGCCAGAUGUAAGCUAAAGGAAGAGCAAACAAGUCAAGGAACCCCUGAACCGAGACGUAGAAAGAUUACUCUUCGCUUUAGUUGUGCCCCGCAGUCAGAGGUAUUUGUCUUGUCAUGACAGCCAUGGCGAGUAUAGAACCUACAUCUGAGCUCCAGUCUCGGCUGUCAUCCUUGUCCUUUUCAUCCUUCCCCGGAGUUACCUCCCAUCAUUGCGACAGCGAACCGCCGGGCAGUCUGCAGAGUACAAAUCUGACGGAGAGCUUUACCCAAUCCAGCAAUCAAGCCAACAUGAAUGAGACCAAGGAGGAUUUGGCCAAGGGUAAUGAAGAGGCUCCUGCAGAGCUGGCCCUGGGGGAAGGAGGCGAGGAGAACAACAGUGCUGGGACCUGUCGGCUCUCUGCUGAAAUCAAAGAGGCAGCCCAGAUGCCAACCCUGCCGCCUCCAACAACUUGGACAUCUGCUGCAGUGAAGGAGCUGAAGGCAAAGCUUCGAACUGAGAAGGACAGCGUUGUGACAGUGUACCGAGGAGACAUCAUGACGGUCCACGUCCCCACCGUCCCCGAGGCCAAAAAAGUGUGCUGGGAGUUUGCCACAGACGGUUUUGACAUUGGCUUUGGCAUAUAUUUUGACUGGACCCCUGUGACGAGCAGAUCUAUCACGGUGCACAUCAGCGAGUCGAGCGAUGACGAAGACGAAGAGGAAGAGCUAGAAGGGCCUCUCGGCAACGACGACGUCGAGAGAGGCUCCAAAAGCCAGACCAACUCGAACCUGGCGGAAAUCCUGCCUGUCUACCGCCAGGACAGCCAUCUGUCCGUCCAGGGUGGGAGCCACGACUUCCCAGGUGAAGGCACGUACCUCCUAAAGUUUGACAACUCCUACUCCCUUUGGAGGAACAAAACUCUCUACUACAGGGUGUAUUACAGUGCCUGAGACGCCAGCUCUGUUGCUCACGAAUGUAUAAAUUACUGAAUAUUACUCCUAAGAACAAUGAACUAUUUUCUUUGAUUUCAGACAUGGAAUAAACAAAGAUAUAUAAUUUAAGAAAUAAAUGCAGGCACAUCAAUUUUAUAUUUGCUUGUCAGGUUAAAUGGGUUUCAGUGCAUCAUGUGUGUCAGUGUCCUGUUUGAAUAUAAUCAGAGAAGCCUUGCGUUUGUCAUGUGCCAUAUCCCCUCUGUGCUGUUUGGUCAAGUGCCCGUCAUAAACCAAAUAUUGUCUUUACCUGUUACAUUUCUAUGGUAGCAGCGAUCAGGGAGAACCUGCACAGUGUGUGUUUCUCCAGGCCACGUCCUUAAUCAGCAGUGCUCUGAAGACAUUAUUUUCACGUGUUAUGUAUGCACCUUUCUUUUCUUUUUCUCUGUUGCACCGUUGUCUGUUGUGAUAAUCAUUCAGCUUUGUUGUGUAUUUUUUUUUCUUUUUUCAUUGAAUCUAAUCAUGUGAAAAUUCAGGACUUAAUAUAUGUUCUCUACUGGUUUGGUGGGUGUGUUGAAGGAAGAGUUUAGGUUGCCGUACUGAAGUCACAGUUUUUAUGGCGCAUAUAAAAGCCCUCAUCAAAUAUCGCUCUAGAUUCAAUAUUUACCUUUGCUUUGCCAGUGUUUUAAUGAUCUGUUUUAAACGUAGAGGCCAGUUGCAGUGUUUCAUCCACAUGUGUUUUGCAAGUGAAGAUCACUGUGCUUAUUUUUUGAUGUUCUUCGUGUGUUGGACCACCUUUUUCUUGUAAAGCUGACACUUUAUCACUUUCACACAUGCGCAUUUUCCCAAAGAAGUCACAGAUUUGGCUGCUAAUGUCGUAUGCAAUCUGAAGCAACUGUUUUCAAGCCGUUUGCUGCCCCAUACCUUCACUUUAAAGUAUACUAUUUGUUCCUGAAAUUUAUAUUCCACAAUAAAGAGAAGAUUGUCUAAUUGUCUGUGUCGUUAAUUGGAUGGAAGGGGAGAUAUAAAAGUAGGUGUUGGUUCCAAAACGAUUACCCUGUAAAUACGCUCGUUUAGUUUGCCGCAUUUUAUACCAGUCUCACAGCAGAGCCAGGAUUAGCAGGUACCUCAGUGUGUUCCCUUGUGUUUCUAUUAAAUUGCAGCAUUAGGGGAUUGAUGUAAUUGUUACGGAGGUGCUGAUGUAACCUGGUUUUAUUUUAAGAGCUCCCCGAAGGCCAGCCACAGUCCUACAGUAACUUAGCUUCUAAAAGGCAGUAAGACAACAGCGUUUUAGUUCCCUUGGUGUGGUAAAACUCCUCUGCAAAAUGUUUCGAUGAAUUAUGAUUUUAAAACUCGAUGGGAGAAAGCUAGUGCUGCAUUAUGAAAGCCUGUUUUCACAAUGUUUUGACAUGGCUCAAAGCGGUGACAUAGGGAAACAUCUUCAACUUCUUAAAAUGAUAGAAAAUGCAAAUAUAUUUGCUUUACAGGUUUUUUCAGUUGCAGGCUUUUUCUUGUCACAUUUAAUGUUUCAGAUUAUCAGGUUUUAAACAACAAAGACAACCUGAGUAAAUAUGAAAUUCAGUUUUUAAAUUAUGAUUUCACUUAUUAAAGAGGAAAAAAAAUUACCUAAACUAAUAUAUCCCUGUCAUAGAUUAACUGUGAUUAACCACAUUUUCUAGUUCAAUUUUACUAGUCAGCUUGACUAAUCGAAUCAGAUCACUUAAAUAAUACAAAUAUUUGAAGAAAUGAUGAAAACCAGCAAGACAAUUAUCCAAAGAACAACAGCUGGUCCACCUCUGCUGAAAUGUUUGGUGUAAGUUUAUUGAGAUGCUGCAGCAUGACUGUAAACGGGCUUAGAGCGAUGUGAAAAACUCAUUACCAUUUGGUGUCAGUUGUUGCCGCUAAACAUAGAACCUCUAGUGAUCAGUUUUAGGGGCUAUUGCAUUUUAGAAAGAGUGUCAUGCUUGUUUGGAAAGAUGUUUUCUCUUAAUAAAUAAAAUAAUUAUUUUAAAACUG